AUGUCGCACGCCAAGACCGCUUCCCUCCCGGCCGCUGCUGCCCCCGUCGCGCUCCCCGGCUCCGAGCGCGCCGACUACCGCGGCAAGUGCCGGUACAAGACGGGCAAGUGCGUGCAAGAGCGGGCGCUCAAGACCUCUGGCGUGGCCCACAACCUCUGCGACGAGCACCGCAACCGGCAGAACCAGCACCAGCGCAAACUCGACGCCAAGAACCGACAGCACAAACGCGAGCAACGCGUCGCGGCCAACGAAGCUCUGAUCGCUCGAUUCGCACCGUAUCGACCAGCUACGAAGACAGCAAAGGGACGCGAGUCGCUGACGCCGUCGAUUGACACGUCAGACGACGGAGAAUCAGGUGACAAUGCCGCACAAGUCGCAGCAGCGGCGGCGGCGGCGGCUGCUACUGCUGGACCCGCUGCAGGGAGUGGAAGGAGCGCGACGUCGUUGCUGUCAGCGGCGCCGACUUCUACAGUCCUAGCAGCGGCUGCUGCGAGUAGCGUCAUGUUUCUACCGAACGGCCCGCAGCCGCCACAGAUGACGAGUCCGUUUGCCAUGCAGAACUUUGACGGCAUUGUCGUGCCGUUGCCGUCGUAUCUCGAAGGUCAAGAGCGGACCGAGUUUCGCUCACGGAUCUACCAAAAGGUGCUGGAUUUCAUCUCGGAAGAGUGCAUCUCACGCUUUGGCGCCAAAGCCGAGUCGACGGCGGUGCAUGGAGACGGCGCUGGUCAGCCUCAAGCGAAGUGCGAGGCGUACGCGCCGGCCACGUGCAACAAAGUUGGGACUGUCGACACGGCAGACGUCUCGCGGAGCUUGUCGUCAGGAACGGAGAAGGUCGGGACGGCUAGUGCCACGAAGAGGAAGCAUUGA